GUAGAAACGAUCCCCUUUACUGAACCCAACCCAAGCAGUCGGUUGUCUAUUGCCUUCUUGCUCUGAAAUUUUAAAUUUGGCAUAAACUUGUACCGUCAUGCACAAUCACGCAAUCAUCGCACAGUUUAAAGCGACCGGUGAUCUUGCUUACAAAUUCUUGAAGACACGAGGUAGUUAUCUGAGGCCUAAGCCAACCAGACAAAUGGCGCAAGAUCUUACUUUUUGAUAAAUCGAUACGUGAUUCUGUGAUGAGAUGAUGCGAAGAUUGAAGAAAAUAACCGGCGCAGAGUCGUAAUUUAUAUACUUGUCCACAGUCAUAUUCAUCCUGAAAGAAUAUCUUUUUCUUAUUCACGUCAAGCACAAAAUCGCCCAUACCAAGGUAUCCUCAAGACAUGGCACCCUCUAUCGCGGAAGGUUUCACUGCCGAGGCUGUUGUUCCUGCAAAGGUCGACCCUCAGGCAAGUGUGAGCAAGCCCAAAGUAAGGCGAAUCAUUGAAGAGGAGGGAGGAAAGUCUACCGCCACUUAUCCACACUAUCUGCCCGUCUGGGACCAUGGCGAGAAAUACCCACCUCUCGAACCUUUCACACACCUUGAUCAUGGCAAAGAUGCGGACCCGUCCUUGAAAGAUCUUCUUCCAGCAGGGUCUCAAAUUAAGAAGCUCACCCCCACCAUCGGAUCUGAAGUUACAGGUGUUCAACUGAGCAAGCUCACUGCCGCUGGAAAGGAUCAACUUGCUCUGCUCGUUGCUCAGCGCAAAGUAGUCGCAUUCCGGGAUCAAGAUUUUGCAGACCUGCCUAUUCAAGAAGCGCUCGAUUUUGGAGGCUAUUUCGGGCGACACCAUAUUCAUCCCACUAGCGGGGCCCCAGAAGGCUAUCCAGAGAUCCAUCUCGUUCAUCGGAAUAAUAAUGCCUGGGAAUAUGAUGAAUAUCUUGCAGCUAAGAAUAGCAGUGUUUCUUGGCAUUCUGACGUUACUUAUGAGCAACAACCCCCCGGCACUACAUUCCUGUAUCUUCUUGAUGGCCCGGAGGUGGGUGGAGAUACAAUUUUCGUGAACCAGGCCGAGGCUUAUAAUCGGCUUUCGCCCGCGAUAAAAGAGCGUCUCCAUGGUCUCAAAGCAGUACAUUCCGGAUUUGAGCAAGCUGAAAACAGUUUAAAGCGUGGAGGAGUGGAUAGAAGAGACCCCGUGAAGAACGAGCAUCCUAUCGUUCGUACUCAUCCUGUUACGGGUGAGAAGGCACUUUUUGUCAACGCAGGCUUUACACGAAGCAUCGUCGGCCUCAAAACGGAGGAAAGUGAAGCUCUUCUAGGAUUCUUGCUUGCUCAUGUCGGUCGUGGCAUUGACUAUCAGGCUCGAAUCCGAUGGGCACCAAAGACAGUGGUCAUUUGGGAUAACCGGGUGACGGCUCAUUCUGCGAUUAUUGACUGGACAACAGGUGAGCGUCGACACUUAGCGCGCAUCACGCCACAGGCGGAGCGUCCCUUUGAAACACCCUACGUCCCAAACGCAGACAAGGUAGGUGCUUGAUUUUGACGCAAUAUGUCGGCGAAGAGAGGAAUUUUCACCAACAUACAUGAUCAUUUCGGCUCUUGCCGGGGGGACCGUGGAUCUUUGCUGUUAAUAGCACGAGAAUAGCACUGCCUUCAUUGAACGUUAGUUUAAAG